GGGUCAUCGAGCUCAAUCCACUCAGCCCGACACCACUCACUCAGCACAGCACUCUUAUCCAGAACGAUCGACAUACACAAACGGUCAACAAGGGAUCAAGUCGAGAUGUUACAGUCACCACCAAAGAGCACCUCUUCAUCAGCCCCAGUACCACCACCAGUGAUCGUCAAGAGGAGACGCAAAUCGGGCAAAGGCCAAGGGGAGUCGUCUAGAGAAGCCAGCGCAGAAUCUAAUGAUGAAACGGCAACAGAUAACGACCCGAUGGCUGAUGAUACGGAUACGGCCUCGAUGACCUCGCCAAGGAACCCGAGCAACCAAUUCCGCAACCGGACUGCCUUCGAGGAAAGCCAUCACUCACUCGCACCUCCUCAUCGUCACAAACGACCCCAAACACUCGCCGCCACAGCGACGAUCAACAAUAGCAUCCCACUCCUAGGGAAAGACGACACUAGCCCUCUGAGGAUCUCCGCUGCCGGUCUUAGUCACCAGGCCAGUCUCGAAAGCGGACUGGACAGUAGUACGAGUACCUACGAUGGCGACGUCAGUAGCGCCCCGGGCCGUGCCGAUAAACGUGGCCAUACAACCGUUAUCAAACAUCCACAAGCCGCCCAAAGUGACGACGCCAGCAGUGAAUCAAAGGCUGGUAGCGGACCAGGUUCAGCCUUGAGUCACAUGAGCUGGGCUCACGAGAAUCACCCACAGCAACACUCGCAUUCUCAAUUAGCUCCACCCAAUAAGGCCAACACCACCCCACGCUCUCAAUCCCUGACCACCAAGCCCCUCAAUCCUAACCUGCCUCCAGCUCCGCACGGGAUCCUCUCCAGAAUUGCUCCCGAGGAUCUACAGGCAGAAAUGAAAGAGGCAAUCCAAAACUCAAGCAAACAAAGAACUUAUUCAAUCAACCCACCUCCUACUGAUCGACCUGUUAGGAUCUAUGCCGAUGGAGUCUAUGAUCUUUUCCACUACGGGCAUGCGCUCCAAUUGCGCCAAUGCAAGCUUUUCUUCCCGGAGGUAUAUCUGAUGGUCGGGGUCUGCUCGGACGAGUUGGUGCGCAAGUACAAAGCAUCGCCGGUCUUGACCAGUGCCGAGCGGUACGAAAGCGUGGCCAACUGCAAGUGGGUCGACCAGGUUAUCGAAGACGCCCCCUGGCAGGUUGAUGCGGCAUUCUUUGAAAAGUAUCAAAUCGAUUACGUGGCUCAUGACGAAGAGCCCUAUGUCAGUGUAAACUCGGAUGAUGUGUACGCAUAUGCAAAGUCGAUUGGUAAGUUCUUACCAACUCGACGAACGGAUGGUGUGUCGACCUCAGAGUUACUUCAACGGAUCGUCGGGGGCUACAUCGAAGGGACGUACGACAACAAGCUCGAGAAGAUAGGCGCUGGCGACCUGUGCAGUAACAUCGCCUUCAGCGAUACCGGCAGCGGGGCUCAUCGAGGUGCCGGAUGUAGGACCCCUAUGGUUCCUCGUAGCCCCGUCCAUCAGACCGACGCCGAGAUGGACGAUGGAACUACUGCCGGCAAUGAUCCUGCGCAACAAAAUUGAUCUGCCAUCUUGCCUUAUCUCCUCAUUCACAUAUAGACUUAUUUUUAUUGAUUUAUUUAUCCAUUUUAUUUAUUGACUGCACUACACAGAGCUCAGCCAAACUUAACUAGGCUCAAAUCAUUAACCAUCUGACUAAUUUAUCGAUUGAUCUAUUUAUUUCUGCGUGCUUCUGUCAAAUAAAGCAAAAAAUCAAGGUUUUUUUUGUUGUACUCUUCUUUUCAUGUAUGAUCAUAUCACUUUAUUCCCAUUUCCCUUAGAAAACAAAAGGCAUGUGAUCUACAGCUUUUUACAUAUUGUGUGUAUGUUACUAUGAUUCCUUAUUUAGAAAACUUUUUUUGCAUUGGAGUUAUGAUAAUAUGCAAAACUUUCAUUUUCAAACAAUGUUUUUCUGAUAUCCACAUUUUGUCUCGGAGAUGAUCUACUGUUUUUUGAAAACUGAGUUCACUGGGUUGAUAACUGACUCAAGUCAAUUAUAAUAAAAAUGUAAAAAA